AUGGCUGCCAACAACCAAUACAGAAGCAUGGUGCUUCUCCACAGCCUCACAGAGAACACCCCUGGCAUCACCCUCGACAACUUCAAAUAUCACAUCAUUCACCUGCAUAACAUUACCAGCAUGAUCAAACACCGGCGCAAAUUUCCUUGGCCUUCUCCAAAACCCUGGACGCAAUCUUCUUCAGAUCCAAGUCCACAUAAGGCAGCACCUCAGCAGCACCUGCAAAUUACAAAAACCAUCAAACAAUUGCUCCGAAAUUUUCUUUUAAAAUUGAACACAAAUUCCAAAAUCAAAGGUCAAUUCCGAUUAGAAAUUCUCGAAUCGCGAAUGUUUACUGGGGCCAACAAGGCCGACGGCGGUCGCCGGAGAAGGCUUGGCAUGGACCACAACGAGCUUGAAAUGGGAAUUUUCCGGCGGGCCGGAGAAGAAGUGAUCGAGAGUCCAACUCAAAGCGUAGAAGCCGUGUUCGCUGUCGUCGAGGCCUAUCACCAUCACCGAUUUCUCCAUGGCUGCAAAGCUCGAUCAAAGCUUAACAGAGUAAAUUAUCAGCUGAUAAAAGUGAUUGAAAUCAGGGAAUUUGGGGCCUCUUAUCAGUGGAGAAUUGAUUCCUUUUUAUGUGCAGCUUCUGGACGUGGCGGCCAAAUCGUGGUUAUCGAAUUUGCAAAGAUAUAA